AUGAAUACCCAACAAUAUCUCCAACAAGACCCUCCAGAUCAACAACAACAACAACUCUUGGAACCUCCAUGGUUUGACUACCCACUUCCUUUUAUGGUCAUUGUCCGUGAUGAAUCUUUUGUCAUUGCCAAUGCACCACCACCCCCAACAAGCUCACGUGCUCGGUCCGUGUCCCGAACGCGUAGCAGCUCAACGCAACGUGCAGAUUCCCUCACGCGCACAGAGUCUACAAUCUCCACUGUAACUGCAACAACAACUACAACUGCAACUGCAACUGCAACUGCAACUGCAACUGCAACUGUAACUGCAACUGCAGAGACUCGAGCUUCAGUAUCAAGCCCAUCUCACCAUAACAUUGAGCUGACUACAAUCCCGAUCCGAACUGAAAUCUAUCCUGAAAUUAGAUACGUUUUCUCUGACGACGACUUUGCCCCGACAAUUGACGUGCUGGACGCGCAACGAGGUACAGGAAAUGGAAACAACAAAGGAGAAGAAGAAGAAGAAGAAGGAGGAGGAGGAUCAGAAGUAGAAGUAGAAGUAGAAGAAAAUGAGGGCCCACCUCAUGUGUCAUUAAUUCUAGAUUUCGAUGAGUCCGGUACUAAAGUUAUCAACGCAACUUCUCUCUCUUCUGCAUGGCAAAUCUCACGUGUAUCUGAACGGGCUUCAUCCACCAACACUUCGACUCACACAUCCUCUAUAUCUUCUUCUUCUCAUCCAGCAUGGGCUCCAGAAACUGAACAUGGAUCUAAUGCGGAUUUAGAUUCUGUGGCACAUGUAUUGUUUGUGGAUGGAACAAGCGCACAACCACAUUUUAAAACUGCACCGCCAUUACCUCCGCUUUCUUCAAAAACUAUAAAUUCUAUACAUUCUAUGCAUUCUAUGCAAAAUGUAGCUACUCCCGCGGCUAUUCCGCGUAUACAAGGUUUGACAGGUAGCGCGGGGAGCGCGGGGAGCAGGAGAAGCGCAGGAAGUAGUGGAAGCAAUUUUGCUUCAGUGGCGUCAAUGUCAUCUUCGUCGGGGUCUCUCGUGAGUGGUGGCGGUGCAACGGUUUCAGUAGUUGCUGCAGCAGGAAAGGGCGGGGCAGUAACAAUGCAAAGUAAUAAUUAUGAUGAUAAUGAUGAUGGUGGUGAUGAUGAUUUGCGCGCUCAUGCAAGCAACUUUGAUAAUGAAAAGAAAAAGUUUGAGGAAAGUUCGGAUGGUCAGCAGCAGCAGCAGCAGCAGCAGCAGCAACAACAACAACAAAUGGUUGUACGAGCAUUGACUCAACAGUUUCUUGAACGCAACAGACAACUACGAGAGAUUAUUAAUUCCAUGGCUAAUCAAGGAUAA